UCCAGGGGAGGAGCAGAGCAGCCGCGGGAGAGGAAGUGCCCGGCCGGUAUUUUUCCCGGACAUGUUCGGCUUUUUGGCAAUUGCCCCCGGACGGGGGUUUGAUUGCCGAAAAGCCGGACAUGUCCGGGAAAAAACGGACAUAUGGUAACCCUACAUGCACAGACAGACACACAGAAAGUCACAUACACACGGACAGUCCCCCCCACACACAGUCAGACACACAGAGAGUCACGUGCACAUAUGGACAGUCCCACCCACAGACAGACACACACAACCACACACACCUUAGUCCAUUGUGGAAGCUCAAUGGCUCAGAAUCUGGGCUCCUUACCGGGGCUCUGGCUCUGGCUAUAACCACAGUGUUUUGGGGGAUACCUCCUCACACAUCCUGUAUCACCCCUGGCCUGUGCAUCUCUCCUGACUCCCAGGUCCUCUCCCCUUUCCAGACCAGCUCCCCUUCCUGUCAUAGCCAUCUCUGCUGGGGCCCCCUACUGAGCCCCCUGCAGCACGGCCUACUGGGGGUCUAUCUCCUGCCCACUCCGUCUCCAAGUGGGGCUGCUAGUCAGGGCAUCUCUCUGGCUCUGUUUUAGCUCCUCUCCGCUCAGUUCUUGAGACCCCUCCGCGGGGGCUUUGCUCUUUACUAGGCAAGAAAAAUGGCACAACACUCCAUGUUCAGCCAGAACCAAGCUCAGCCCUGCCUCUCACACCCUCUCUAUACCCAGCCCAGCAGGUUCUUCACCACCAUGGAGGUUUCCAGUGGAACCCAACCUGGGCCAUGGGGGAAGUUGGGAGACAUACUGGACUCCACAGCGUCCCCUGCUGCUCACUGAAGUGAUGCCGAUGUGGAGGGGUAGAGCGAGGGUGAUGAUAACAUGACCUGGGCGGAAGUGGAGUGGGUGGGAAAUCAUCCACCUGAGUUAUAAAUGGGUCAUCACCCCAUUUCUGAUCAUCACCUGGCAGAAAAAGAAGACCUUGAAUUUUCCCCACACUUUGAUUAGAUUGAGACUCUUCCCAGACUGCGCCUCACUGAAUCCUCCUUCACUGAGAAGCUGGAUUCUGCUAUGGCCACCACCGUGACAGCCGGCUCAGCCGGCCCCAUCACCAUCGUCAAUAGGUUCAUCACCCAGCCCCACAUGGCCAGUGCUGCCAUCCCGGCCAAACUGCAGCCCCUGGAGAAGUUCCACAAGGGGGAGCCGCUGGCCCUCGGGAUCACCCAGAUCCUAGUUGGAGCCAUGCAGUUUGCUGUCGGGAUGGUGAUGGCUAUGGUCAACUCCUAUUUUUGGAUAUUGGCGUUGAGUGUGCACGUCCCGAUAUGGAGUGGGUUGCUGUACAUCAUCUCGGGGGCCCUCUCAGUGGCGGCUGCAAAGAAUCCCAAGAUACAACUGGUGAAAGGCAGCCUGGGAAUGAACAUCAUCAGCUCGGUGCUGGCCGGAUGUGCCAUGAUCCUGUACCUGGUCAGCUUGAUGGAAUCCAGGUAUCAGUACAGGUGUAACUGGUACCCGGAGGAAUGCAUGGCUUAUCCUUUGGGUGCAAAGCCGUCUGCCGGAACAGCUACAGCGAAGUGUCUGUGGUCAUUUACCAGAACAUGGUGCCUCCAGGUGAUCCAACUACUGCCACCAACACCCACACUGACGCUGUUGCCUGCACUCCUCCCCCUUAUACGGACAUCGCCACCCCAUGAGCUGCUCCCUAGGGCAGCUACUGCUUGGAUCACCAGCUCCCUACAUACCGUGGAGACCCAAGCAGCAGAGUGGGAACUGGUCAUAGCACCUCACUCCCGACACUGAGCCUGCUGACCCCCAUGCACUGAUCACACUGCCCAUGGCGAGAGAGAUGCCUGACCCACAGCAUCACACAAUCGAUCUGCCGGUCUCCUGGCCCUUUCCGUUCCAUCCCUGUGGAUGGGAUUUCAGCCCCAGGUCCCACACUCUAUAACAUGUCCAGGCUGUCUCCAAUAAAACCUUUUUCUCUAAUCA